AUAUUAGAAGAAUUAGAAGAGAAAUUAGUAUUUAAUCGUGAUUUAAAUUCAAGAGAUGGUGAUGUUGCCGAACAUUAUGAUCAAUUUUAUAGAGAUCAUAAAUUAUUAUUGGUAUUAUUUAGAGCAUUAGCUGUAAUGCCAAUAUUACGUUCAUCACCUGGUCGUAUAACAUUUAAAUGGACAUCGAUAGCAUCAAUAUAUGCAAUAUUUUUUUGGACAUUUAUGACUGGUGUUGUAUUAUUUAUUGGUUAUCAUCGUAUUAAACAAUUAGAAACAGUUAAAGGAUUCGAUGAUUAUAUAUAUUCAGUAAUAUUUUUAAUAUUUUUAGUACCACAUUUUUGGGUACCAUUUGUUGGUUGGGGUGUUGCUAAAGAAGUUGCUAUAUAUAAAACAAUGUGGGGUGCAUUUCAAGUACGUUUUUAUCGUGUCACCGGUACAACAUUACAAUUUCCAAAUUUAAAAUUAUUAAUUGUUAUAAUAUCAAUUGGUUGUCUAUUAUGUUCAAUAUUAUUUUUAGGUUCAUUAUCAUAUUUAUUAGAAGGUUUUCCAUUAUGGAAUACAUUAGCAUAUUAUCAUAUAAUAACAAUGAUAAAUAUGAAUUGUGCCUUAUGGUAUAUUAAUUCAAGAGCAAUUAAAACAGCAGCAAUUAGUUUAUCUGAUUGUUUUAAAAUUGAUACAGAUUUUAAUUGUAGUUAUAAUUGUGUAUCAAGAUAUCGUUUUUUAUGGUUAAAUUUAAGUGAAUUAUUACAAUCAUUGGGUAAUGCAUAUGCAAGAACAUAUGCAACAUAUUGUUUAUUUAUGUUUGUUAAUAUAACAAUAGCAAUAUAUGCAACUUUAUCAAAAAUUUUAGAUAAUGGUUUUUCAUUUUCAUUUAAGGAAUUAGGUUUAAUUGUUAAUGCUGGCUAUUGUAGUAUAUUAUUAUUUAUAUUUUGUAAUUGUUCGCAUAAUGCAACAUUAAAAGUUGAUAAAGGUGUACAAGAUACAUUAUUAUCAAUUGAUUUAAGUAAAGUUGAUUUACAAACAAAAAAAGAAAUUGAUUUAUUUAUAUUGGCAAUUGAAAUGAAUCCAGCUGUUGUUAGUUUAAAAGGAUAUGCAAAUGUUAAUCAUGAAUUAUUAACAUCAUCGAUAACAACAAUUGCAAUAUAUUUAUUAGUAUUAAUACAAUUUAAAAUGGCAUUUCGUGGUACAUUAAUUUUACAAUUACAAGCCCCUGGAUCACUUAGAAAAAGAAGAGCUUUUAAUGAAAGACAAAGCAUUCCAUGA